UCAGCAGACUUGUCAGCCAACUCUGAGCUGUGGUCUUCCCGGUCUGACCCUGGGGUCCUGGAGAGCCCUGAGCACAGAAUAAAUUCUCUUUACCCCAAAACAACGUCACAGAGCCAGGACAAGUGCAAUUCCUCAGAAGCGGCCUGGUGGGCUGUAGGGAGGUUUGGGGCCCUCCGCAUGCCUGCACCUGUGGGACGAGCCAGGGCUCACCCACCACAACCUGAACUCUGGGAGCCUGGCCAGAGCUGCUGAGGACCGGGAUCCUGAGGCUGACAGCCGAACCCAGGAGGUUCUGUCCAGGCCGGGCAGCACAGAUUCUUUAAUGAUGGCGCAGCCUGAAGCCUAAGGGAGACACAGGCCCUGAACACCAGAAGUCAAGUUCCUGGGCUUCUACUUACUGAGAACUACACAUGGAAUAAAGAGGAUGUAGGAAAAGCAGCUUUCUCAAGUAUGGUUCUUCUGUCCCCCCUAGACCAGUUGCAAGCAUGUCCCCCUGACCAGGGAGCCAUAGCCAUGCCCAGGGCCACUCUAACUCGAAGAACACAGUCUUACUGCAGAUACUACUCAGGAAUUAUAACGUCCCACACCAUAUGUUAUACACCGUAACUUCAUCUAAAAUUAACCGCUCUUCCUGCAGGUCCCCCUUCCAGGGUGGGCUACUCUGCAUUCCUGGGGUGGGGAAAGGGGCUAUUGUCAGCCAGACUUGCCUCUCUCCAUCUCCCCGCCUGCUGCCCCUCUGUGGCACUCGGUGAGAAGGCCCUCCCUGGAGCCCUCCUGACCGGACUCUGUUGCUCCUUCCAUAAGCCCCUCAGCUAGAAGGAAGCAGGUGGGCGAAUCUUGGCAUGCCUUGUGCCGCAGGCACGGUCCUGCAUGAGCGGCUGUCUUCCCGCCAGCCUGGGAGGGACAGCUCCCACGCAGGUGUCCCCGCCCCCGAGCCAGGUGCAGCGCAGGUGCCUCCCUCCAGCGAGAGCCACAGCGAGACCACAUCCUCCGUCUCGGGACCUCUCGGAGAGGAUUUCCUGCAUAUGUGAGGCCUCAUCCUUGAAUGCCAACACCUGUCUACACUGUUAACCCAUUUUGGACGCAACUCUUCCUGUCUGGAUUCCCUAAUCCAUGCUGACUAAAUGGAAAUCCGUAAUGGCCACACGGUGAUCUUUUCUCGGUGCCUCUGGGCCAGCAGUAUGCACGCGGACCCUCAGCUGCUGUGUGGGAACGCCCUUGGCCGAGCGUGGAUGGAACCUAACUUGUCGGUUUGUUCGCUCCAGUUUGGCCUGUCUUUCCUCGUCAUCCUUCGUAUGUUGCCCGGUCGUGAGGACGCGCAUGCGCUAUGCGGCCGUCUGCCCGGGCUCCCGCGCCGCCCUGCAUGGCCUUGCCUCUCGUGCCCUUAAGUUGUUGUUUUUAAUUUGUCCCGAGCUGGGACACAAAUAACAGAGCAAAACUAGACAGGCCCUGGGGAGGGGGGGAUGUCUGGGGCUCACUGACAGGUCAAAGGCUGGGCUUUGUAUUACAAGCUUCACAUAUCUAUCCUCAAGGUUUCAGCACUUCUCUCUCUCCCUUGCUGGCACUCUCUGGACUCUGGGCUGCUCAGAUGGUCGGCUGGCUCACUGAUGGGUCUCAGAUGCAUCAGAGGAGAUGCUGCUGCAGGCCCAGGCUGCCGGCUUCGGGUUAGGAAGGAACGAAGCCAGGAGCGCCUCAAAGUCCAACCGGCAGUGAGUGACUCUAACAGAGAAGCAUGGAGCCGGCAACAAUGGGGCCUGGAGCGUCAGGAAAUGGGGUCAGGACUGUGACAGCUCCACGCUCAGCGCUAGGCUCCGGAGUCAGCCUGCACGCCUACGACAUCGGGGUCCUGGUUGUCUACUUCAUCUUUGUCAUUGGUGUGGGGGUCUGGUCAUCCAUUCGCGCGAGCCGAGGCACAAUUGGUGGCUAUUUCCUGGCGGGGAGGUCCAUGAGCUGGUGGCCGAUUGGAGCCUCUCUGAUGUCCAGCAAUGUGGGCAGUGGCUUGUUCAUUGGCCUGGCUGGGACAGGAGCCGCUGGAGGUCUUGCUGUGGGCGGCUUUGAAUGGAAUGCAACCUGGCUGCUUCUGGCCCUGGGCUGGAUCUUUGUCCCUGUGUACAUCGCCGCCGGGGCGGUCACGAUGCCGCAGUACCUGAAGAAGCGGUUUGGCGGCCACAGGAUCCAGGUGUACAUGUCUGUCCUGUCUCUUAUCCUCUACAUCUUCACCAAGAUUUCUACUGACAUCUUCUCUGGAGCUCUCUUCAUCCAGAUGGCCUUGGGCUGGAACCUUUACCUCUCCACGGUGAUGCUGCUGGUGGUGACGGCCGUCUACACCAUUGCUGGGGGCCUCACGGCCGUGAUCUACACAGAUGCCUUGCAGACGGUGAUCAUGGUGGGGGGCGCCCUGGUCCUCAUGUUUCUGGGCUUUCAGGAGGUAGGCUGGUACCCAGGCCUGGAGCAGCGGUAUAGACAGGCCAUCCCUAAUGCCACAGUCCCCAAUACCACCUGCCAUCUCCCCCGGUCUGACGCCUUCCACAUGCUCCGGGACCCUGUGAAUGGGGACAUCCCUUGGCCUGGCCUCAUUUUCGGGCUUACGGUGCUGGCCACAUGGUGCUGGUGCACGGACCAGGUCAUCGUGCAGAGGUCUCUCUCUGCUAAGAAUCUGUCCCAUGCCAAGGGGGGCUCUGUGUUGGGGGGUUACCUGAAGAUCCUGCCCAUGUUCUUCAUUGUCAUGCCUGGCAUGAUCAGCCGGGCCCUGUACCCAGAUGAGGUGGGCUGUGUAGACCCUGACGUUUGCCAAAGAAUCUGCGGGGCCCGAGUGGGCUGCUCCAACAUCGCCUACCCUAAGCUGGUCAUAGCCCUCAUGCCCGUCGGUCUGCGGGGCCUGAUGAUCGCCGUGAUCCUGGCCGCCCUCAUGAGCUCACUCACCUCCAUCUUCAACAGCAGCAGCACCUUGUUUGCCAUUGACGUGUGGCUGCGCCUCCGAAGGAAGGCCACCGAGCAGGAGCUGAUGGUGGUGGGCAGAGUGUUCGUGGUGUUCCUGGUUGUCAUCAGCAUCCUUUGGAUCCCCAUCAUUCAGAGCUCCAACAGCGGGCAGCUCUUCGACUACAUCCAGUCUGUCACCAGCUACCUGGCCCCGCCUAUCACCGCCCUCUUCCUGUUGGCCAUUUUCUGCAAGAGGGUCACAGAGCCUGGAGCCUUCUGGGGCCUCAUGUUCGGCCUGGCUGUGGGGCUUGUGCGCAUGAUCCUGGAGUUCUCCUACCCAGCGCCAGCCUGUGGGGAGGUGGACCGGAGGCCGGCCGUGCUGAAGGACAUCCACUACCUCUACUUUGCCCUCCUGCUCUGUGGGCUCACUGCCAUCGUCAUCGUCGCUGUCAGCCUCUGUACCAGCCCCAUCCCUGAGGAAAAGCUUGCUCGCCUGACAUGGUGGACACGGAACGGUCCCCACCCUGAGCUGGAGAAGGAAGCCCCAGAGGGCACGCCGGGGACAUUGGAGAUGCCAACUGGGGUGAGCCCUCCAGGAGAUGGAGGGACAGAGAGCUCCAGCCAGGGCCGGGACCAGCAUGGAGCCCGGUGCAGGCGGUGGGGCAGGGUGCUGUGGGACUGGUUCUGUGGGCUGGCCGGCAGCCCCGAGCCCGCACGGAGCCCCGAGGAGAUGGCCGCACGCCAGCGGGAGCUGACCAGCAUCGCCGAGGAGCCGCUCUGGAGAACCGUCUGCAACGUCAAUGCCAUCCUGCUCCUGGCCCUCAACAUCUUCCUCUGGGGCUAUUUUGCCUGACUCCAUAGACCUGGCUUCAGUGGAGACCGAGUAAACUGGACUCGAGCCUGGCCAGUCUGUCUUGCUGUGGAAACCGGGGACCAUGGAGGCUGAGCCAGCAGAAGCCCCUGUCCCAGGCUGCACACCGGCCACAUGGAGAGGCCACGUGGAGAAUGGGAGACCAGAGAGGGCUCUGGGUUUGCUCAGGGCCACACAGCAGGACUCACACUGGGUCUUCUGACUCCAGCUCUUUGUCCAUUUUACUGCCUAUGUUUCUACCUCAGAAACACUGUUCCCACCCCCUGGGUGCUUCCUUUCAGGAGCUUUUACUGUACCUGUGUGUUGAGGCUUAAACAAGUGGAAGGCAUAAGAAACAGGGUUGCAAGAACGUUGCAAAAGUCCAAGUGCAUCUUUGCUCACUGGCAUCCCUUCCCUCCCCACGUUGUCCCCUUCUUCCCUAGUUCCCAACCCCUAGUCAUCUAUUUCCAGCAGGCACCUACCCAGGAGGUCCUUCCCCUGACACACCCCAGGGAAUGAGGGGCCAGGAUGGAAUGGAAGCGUGGUGACAGAUGAUGUUUGGGCAGGGAGCUCUGGGGGGGACUCUCCUUGGUGCCACUCAAAUUCUGCCCCUUCCCACCAUCACUUCCAAACACUGCAGUCUCCAUGGCCUUAAGGCAUUUGAAGUCCAGUUGGAGAGACAGAACUUGUGAAGAAGUAGCCAUGCAGAAAGGCUGCAUGGACAGCCUGCGAGUCACUGCCCUGGGCCCAUGCUCCUCUCUCCCUCUGCCUGCCAGGCAUCCACCCAGCCUGGAAAAUACCAUGACCAGAGCUGUCUGACAUCCACAACCAGGCCAGUCUCCCUCUCCCACUCCCACCUCCUCUGGGCCUGCCUCUGUCACAUACCAAUCACUGUCCUGUGAUGUUUCUCUCCCCAACUAAGCAGGAUAGUCCAAGGGGCAAGGACCAAGAGCCAAGGACCACAUUCCAAGUGACUUUGUACCCAGAAAGUGAAAGUGCCAGUAAAUGGUGACUUAGUAAUACUCUAAGGUCCUGGAAGGUUUGCAUGGUGGCUGGCUGGGUUGCGACCUGGGGAGCCAGCCCGUGGGGAGGAGCCUCCUUCAGCUGGACUGUACACACCACGCCUCAGAUGUCCAGAAGAGAACCCAGUCCUGUCCCAUUGCCAAGGACACAGCGAGAAGGUCCCUUCCUUUCUCUCUCGUGUCUAGGCUGUUCCUAUUCUCAUCUGAGCCUCCUCAGCACUGUCUCUGAUCAUUAUACUAGUCACUCACCACACUUGGCUACACAUAAAAUUCUAGCCCUUUGAGGCUGAAACACAGCUGAUUCUAUGAACGCCUCCUAUUGGUGCUGCCUCCACAUUUCUGUGACCUCUGACCUUUGACCUCAUUGUUGUCACCUCACCUGGCCAUGCUUUUCCUUGCUGUUCCCCACUGGCCUUUACUGGGAACUCAGCUUUCCCCAUAAUUUUCCCCAAAACCAUUCCCUAGAAGCAUUUGUGUGCCACCAAACGUACUGAAGGUUUGGGGAAGGAAAGAUUCUUAAACCUCAGAGGCACAAUUUGAAAUUAAGUAUUGAACAUCUCUGUUUUGAAAGCUUCCAGCAGCCUCUGAGGGUUCCCCACAGGCCUCUGAGUCUCUAAGCUCCUGCUGUCUGCACUGUGGUGCUCCCUCCCUCCCCUCUACAGACUCCAUCGUCCUGCAGGGCCUCCUCCACAGUGUCCCCUCUCUUUGCGAUGUGAGCCUGUCUGGGUCCAGACCUCUGUCCUCUGGCCCACAGAUGCGUGAGCAUGCUAUCAAAGGUAGUGGGUCCUUGACAAAAGUGGCCACUCUCCUUCUCUACCCUCUUUGCCUAGUUGGCUCACCUUGGUGUAAAAAUUCUGCACAUCCUAAGGGAAGCCCUAAUUCCCAGCGACGACCUUACUACGGCCAGCUGCCUUCCAGAACAGCGAAGCCCUCAGCACCCAGCCUAGAGUCUCAUGGUCCCCUGACUUCACCUUUGAAGAAAAUGUCAGACGGAUCUAUUUGUAGAAUGACUCCACAGAUAUUCAUCCUACCUUGUAAAUUGUAAGCUCCCCACCAAGUCACCAUCAAGUGAAAGAAAAAAUUAAUGACAGAAAGAGCAUCCUCUGCAGAAGAAACCAAAUGUUCAAAACACAGAGGUGGGGGAAAACCAUGACAUAAUCAGGAAACAAAAAGUAGUUUAAAAUGUCUGCACUGGUAAGGUCCCCACUGGCCCACCUGGCUUCUUUGCACAAGUGAGCAAAAAGUGCCUUUCCUUCUUGGUGUGUGUGACCCCUCGCCAGGGCUCACAGGCGGCUGCAUUUCCGCCCCUACCUGCCCCCCUGGCCAGAUCACGUGUGCAGGGCACCACCUGCACAAACACAGGAGGUAGCCCCGCUGCGUUGGGGAGUGGUGGGGGAGGUAAACAGGGGCUAGCUCAUGCUAAGCCUGGAACUUUGUUACUUCUUUCCCGGAUCGCUGCACCAGCUUCUCAACCGUCAUCCAUCUCUGUGUUCAAGCUCUCCUCUUCCAAUUCACCCUACCACCACAGCAAGAAUGAUCUUUGUUAAAUGUAAGUCUUGUGUUGCCUAUCCGUGUCAGAUUCUCUACAAUGUUUCCUAGCCUCACAGGACACCCUAUGAAAACCGCCAGCAGUACGGUCAGGGUUCAGUCCCUGGCACUCCUUCUCAACUGCGGCCAAAGAGAGGCUGUUUGGCAGAGUGGUUAAGAGCAGGGACUUGGUAGCCUGACAUUCUGGAACCUUCUGGCUCUGGCCCUAGCUAACAUGAUCCCAGGAAAGCUGCUUAACCUCUCUGACUCCCUUCUACAAAUUGGAGAUGUUAACUGCAGCUACUUCAUAGUAGAGCCAUUGAGGGGAUACAUAAGUAUAAGUAUCUACAUAAAGUAUUCUUAACAGUGCCUGGCACAUAAAGUCAUAAUUAAACUCAGUAAACAUUAGCUAUUAUUGCUCCUAGUAGAGCUGAGAUGGGCGCACAGGAUGCUUGACACUAUGUCAUCUGUUAUUUCAGAGCCAGCACAAUGCGCUGUCAGAGCAAAGCAGGGGAGUGGUUAAUUUUUCCUGAGGAAUCAGGAAAGGCCAUAGCAGAAAAGUUCAUGAUGGAGCUGGACUUUAGAAGAUGAGUAGGAGUUUUCUAGGACAAGUCACAAGCAGGAGGGAUGGCAUGAGCCAAGGGCACGGCACGUUCCCACAGAAUAGGGACACUGCUCAUUUGCAAAUACGGACCUUGCACAUUUAAUCUCCCUUUAC